AUGUCAAGAUUUUACAACUCUAACAAUGAUGAAAAUCUUUCUUCUAAAAUUAUAAUUGAAGGAGCUACGCCUCACGUUGAUCCUAAGAUUCUAUCUAACUCAGACAUUCAAUUCUAAAGUGAUAUUAGUAACAUGGAAAGCAUGAGGUCCAUAAAUCAAGAGACUAAAAAAAAAAUUCAGCUCAUUUAAAAGAACUCUUAAAUUUUUUCUCUCAAAUUUUAAGUAACAGUACUCUUUUAACAUAAGCAACCUGCACUAGUAAAUAGCAAAAAAUAAAUCUAGCACAGCUUAUUUAAGAUUGACAACAACCAAGAUGGAAAAUUAAAGCAAGUCUUAAAUAAGUAGAUGCUCAAGAAAUUUAAAGAUAAUUUAUUAUAAAACGCGCAUAUUUUGUCUCAAAAAGUGUUAUAGGAGAAAAAACCUCUAUUAAAUUACUUAUUUUUAGAUUAUGUAACAUAGGAUGACAGGUAAUUAAAAAAAAAUAAACUCAUAAAUAAUAUAGAGAAACUUCUAUUCUGCUAAGUUUUCUUACCUUAAGACAAUUUUGUUAAAUAUUGGAAUUUAUUUAGCAUUUUAUUUAGCUUUUUUAUAUUAUGGUUUUCACCAUUCAUUAUUUCGUUCUAAUUAUUAUAAAGCUCCAGUGUUCAAUAAACUAUAGUAUUUAUAUUCAUUUUCUUAUUGGUUGAUGGAUUAAUUACUUGCAACAAGGCAUAUCUUUAAUAAGGAGAAUUAGUUAUUAGUAGAAGAUAGAUUAUAAAUAAUUACUUAAGAAAUCAAGUCUUAAGUGAUUUUUUAAAUCUUUUCAUUUGGAUUUUGAUGUAUAAUGGAAUAGAAGACUUUCAAAUAAUUCAGAUUUUAUCAAUAUUUUAGAUCAUCAUCAUUAUAAACACUGUGUAUAAAAAAAUCAAUAAUUUUGUCGAUUAUUUAUACUUGAAUGGUAACCUAAGUGAAGUCUUGGAUCUAGCAUUUUUAAUAAUCUCAUUAUAUUAUUUUGUUCACAUCAUAGGCUGUCUUUGGCAUUAUUUGGCAGUAUUAGGAGAGUAACUAAACCAAGUUUCAUGGAUCCAGAAGUAUUCCCUUUAGGAUCAAUCAUCUCUUGUAAAAUAUGACUAUGCCGUAUACUGGGCAACAAUGACGAUGGUGACUGUUGGGUAUGGUGACAUUACAGCAUCAAAUCCUAUUGAAAUAGUGUUUUCAAAUUUUACAAUGUUUAUUAGUAGCUUUGUAUUUGCUUAUUCGAUGAAUUCCAUAGGGAUUAUAAUAAAAAAUCUGUAUGAUGUAAGAAAUUUAUACAAAAGAUAAUUGAUCUUAAUUAAUGCCUACAUGAAGAAUAAUUUAGUUGAGGACUCUAUAUCCAAUAGAGUUAGAAAUUAUCUAAAGAAUUAAGUUGAUCAUGAAUCUAAGAACAAUUAGAUAGAAGCUUAACAAAUCAUUGACAACCUACCUCAUGGAUUAAAAGAUGAUGUGAACAUAAACAUUAAAACUAGAAUAUUAUCAAAUAUGAAAUUGUUAGUAAGCAACUUCUCUAAACAGACUCAAUCUCAAAUAAUUCAUAAAUUAGAAUAGGUUAGUUUUAUACCAAAUGAUAUUAUUUAUGAUCCUGAAGGAUUAAAUUUGGAUUACUAUUAUAUAGAUUAAGGCUCUGUAAGUCUUGUAGAAGUAAGAACCUAGAAAAUUGUUUAAGAAUAUAAAGAGGGUGAUACUUUGGGGGAGCAUUCAUUUAUAAGUGGGUUGCCACAAAAAUUUAAAUUAAUUAGCACGAGUUUCUGUUAAUUAUAUAGAAUAUCUAGGUAAGAUCUUUUAAAAGUGCUUUAAAAUAAUCAGAAAGAUAAAGAAAUAUUCUAUUCUUUAUAAGAUUAAUUACUGUAUCUAUCUGAUUUUAGUCUAAUAAACAAGAAGUGUAAUUUCUGCCAUAAAUUUGAUCAUUAAAAUAGUGAUUGCUUCAUAAUCUCAUACAAACCUAAUCUGGAAAAAAUAAUUAAGAUGUAGGAAUUCUUAAUCUAACCAAGAAGUUAAUUGAAUAGAAAUGCCCGUUAAAAGCUAAAAGUAGUAAAUUAAAUCUAAGGAAUCUAAAAUUCAAUUUAAUAGUUUUAAUAAAGUGACAUCAUUUCUAAUCAAAAUGAUUCUUAUACAAUAAUGAGUGGAACCAAGAGAAUAAAGCAGUAUUCUACACAUAGAUAAAGUGAUAAUAAAAUAGAAUAGCCAGAAUCAUCUUCAGUAAGUGAUCAAUCUCCAGAUGUCUAGAUUGACAAGAUGGCUUAUCGUAAACCCUCUUCGAAUUUUACCGGAAAAUUUAAUAUAUAAAACCUUCAAAGCAUCGAGAAUAAAGAUGCUUAAAGGAAAAUAUCUAUAGCAAUAUUGAAAGAACAAACCUUAAAUCCAGAACACCCAAGUUCCUAAAUCAUUUAAUUAAGGUCUAUUAAAAAUCUUUCAAAUCCAGCUAUAUUAGAAUAUGAAGAAUAUCUCAAAUAGAUCAAAUUUAGCGGUUUUGAGAUUGAUAAAGGCUAUGAAUUUUAAAACUAUUUGCCUUAAAAUAAUCUUUAGACUGUCAUCCUAAAUUACAAUAAGCAAAAAGUCAAAUUUAUACCAAUUUACUAAAAAAGCAUGAAUAAAUCUUUGAAAUACACCUUUUAUUAUAAAAUAGCUAAAUUGGCAUGUUAAAUGAGAAUGAUAGCUGCUCCUAUAACACGAAGACUACUCAAAGGUCAUCAAAUCAAAAAGCAUUUAAAUGAUUCUUGA